AUGUGCGGUGGUGGCUACGCAUUGAACAAACUCUUUAAAUACGAGGGAAUCAAAUACGGCGCUGGCAUGUUCGAUGAGGAUGAAAUGGACGUAAUGGCCCCUCAGGGAAUUCCUGUUGCGCGAGAUGGCAAGAUCACAGAUGCGUUCACUUCAAACUCCACAGCUAAUACGAAUUAUGGAACGAUCGUCCAAGAAGACCCUACACAAGAUGCAUACGAUCGAUACGUGAGCAGUCACGAGUAA